GGUGGCGGGCGAGCAGCUGCAGCUGCCGCCGGCGUCUCAGGGGCUGCAGGCUGCCAGCGGACACAGCUCCAAGCUGUUCCGAAGCCCAGCAACGCCAGGCCUCUCGGCCCCGGCCCCCAGCGGGCGUCGCCGCUCCUCGUCGCCUAGCCCAGUGCCACCGUGCAGGAUUGCCGGCGCCCCGCAAGUUGCGAGCGCACUCUGCGCCUGGGGAAACUUUCCCCCGUGGCCAGGCCUCUGCCAGAGUUUGCCCUGAAGCCCAGUAUCAGGAGACUUCAAGGGGACCUCGGUUCCUCCCCAGGAAGAAAGACGACAGCUGGAAGAGGGCAAGCUGGGCUGGUGAGAGACACCUGAGUCCCUCUGACUAGGAGACUUCGUUCUGCUGACCCCCAGAGGGCUAUCCAGGUGGAACACCAUGGAGGGUGACUGUCUGAGCUGCAUGAAGUAUCUGAUGUUUGUUUUCAACUUCUUCGUAUUUCUGGGAGGAGCCUGCCUGCUGGGCGUUGGCAUCUGGGUCCUCGUGGAUCCCACUGGCUUCCGGGAGAUUGUGGCUACCAACCCCCUGCUGACCACCGGCGCCUACAUUGUCCUGGCCAUGGGCGGCCUACUGUUUCUUCUGGGCUUCCUGGGCUGCUGUGGGGCUGUCCGAGAGAACAGGUGUCUGCUGCUAUUUUUUUUCCUGUUUAUCCUGGUCAUCUUCCUGGUAGAGCUCUCAGCAGCCAUCCUGGCCUUCAUCUUCAGGGAACACCUCACCCGCGAGUUCUUCACCAAGGAGCUCACCAAGCACUACCAAGGCAAUAAUGACACUGAUGUGUUCUCUGCCACCUGGAAUUCGGUCAUGAUCACAUUUGGCUGCUGUGGGGUCAACGGGCCCGAAGACUUCAAGAUGGCCUCAGUGUUUCGACUGCUGACACUAGACAGUGAGGAGGUGCCCAUGGCCUGCUGCCGGAGGGAACCCCAGACUCGGGAUGGGGUGCUGCUCAGCAGGGAGGAAUGCCGGCUGGGAAGGAAUCCAUUCAUAAAUAAACAGGGCUGUUACGCGGUGAUCCUCAACACCUUCGAAACCUAUGUCUACCUGGCUGGGGCCUUUGCCAUUGGGGUGCUGGCUAUUGAGCUUUUCCUCAUGAUCUUUGCCAUGUGCCUCUUCCGGGGCAUCCAGUAGGCCAUGGUCUGAAGAUUCCCAGCCCACCACUGUCCAGUAGCCAGCCCCCUCCCUUCCUUGUCCUCUGGCCCCAGGGGAGGAGGCAAAGCCAGCCCAGAUGGCCAGGAGCAUAGAACUAAUUUUUGAAAAAACAAAACAAAGACAGAUGUGAACUACAGAGGCCUCACCUUGGCUCCAAGGCAGGAGCUAUGGAUGUCAACAAGAACCUAGGGCUGGCCUGGGACCAGCUGUUCCUGAGACCAAAGGAUUAUCAGCCUCAGAGUCCCUGGGCCCUGUCAGACUGGAGUGUCCCCUGGCCUGGGUCUCCUCUCAUAACAUUUCCAGGAUCUGAGCAUCCAGAAGGCAGAAACACACCCUGGAGGAUGAGCCAGAGCUCAGAGGCACCAAGGAGUCCCACUUUUCACAGUGCAAGGACAGAAUCUGCAGCGCCACCUGCUGGAGGGCGAAGCUCUCCCCGCUCCUGGCUGGCUGAGGGCGGCUGAGUGUGGACACUGGAUCUGAACGUGGCCCUUGGAUCAAAGCCUCUCCACAACCCAGAAAAGGGCAGUGACCUGUCCACGGUCACACAACAUGUGCGUGACAAGGUCAUCUCUGGGCUGCUGUCACUCAUGCCAGGACUUCAUCAGACCUGCCCCAGCAUCCCAAUGCAAACUGGCCAGGAACUGCCGGCACCAAGUUCUACAGCUGAGAAAAGUCCGUACUGCGUCCACUCUGCCCUGCUUGUACCUCUGCCUAAGCCUACUGCCAUACAUCACCUGUCCCUCGGGCCACACCCUUCCCUCUUCUCCCCAGUAGAAGACACCCCCGGCGUUGUUCAUUUCUUUCUACCCAGAGCUGAGGCUUGAAUGUGUUCUUCAAGGUCCCUGCCAAGAAUCCCCCCUCCCCGCUGCAUACCUCCACACGUGAAGCUCACUACCUCCCAAUUCGGCCUCCUGCCUUCAGAAGCUCUGGCAUCACACCACCACAACAGACAGAAGAGGCUCCGUUUUCCUGUGCUUCUGUCCAUGUAUCCCCUCCACUCUCUCCUUCCUAGAGGUUAAGGUCAUAACUCUUGUCUGCAGGCUUAAAGAACCCCACAGCCUCUCAGCCAUUCCUACCAUGACACACUUUCUGUCCUUUUGCUGUCCAGAUGACAUUUUGCUAUUCUCUCUAGGCUCAGAUUACCCAGACUCAUAGGUUCACAACUUAAAACACACACACACACACACACACACACACACACACACACUCAUGCACAACUCAUACUACAGACUAGGUUGCCAACUGGGUUGCAAGAUGCCUGACCCUGUCCAGACCGUGUUGAAUCCAUUAGUGUUGUCUGUCAGGAUCUCAAGUUUGAUUAAUUAUGUCUGCCAUGGUCUCAGCAGGGAAGGGUGGGGGAUAGGCGGCAUUGGUGGAAGGAGUGCCUGCUCUCCUCUCCUAGAGGGAAGAGCUUGAUCUAAUUCCAGCUUCCCUCUGCCUUCCUGCCACCUGGGAGUCAUAGCUGGAGCCUGGAGCCCAGGGCUCCCCUGCUGCCUGUGCUGUCUGGGUUCAAGGGGACCCUCCUCUUCAUGUCCUCACCCAUCCUGGACUUUCUAGGGGUCUUUGAGCGCCACUUUUCCAAGUUGUCCUUAUGACAACUUGGCAUCCCCAUAAAAAGCCUAGAGACCGAGUCACCAGGUCAGAGGACCCCACUGCUGGCUCCCAGCCCAGACUAAGAGAACCUUUGGCUCUGGCUCAGAACCCACCACAUACUGGACUCCAAUGGCCUAGGAAGGCAAACAGAUCAGCUGAGGUCGAUUGCGAAGCUCAUGGCCUGACUGAACAGGACAGAGCCCAAUGCUCUGGGGCUGCUGCCCAGAGCUAGCCCAUGCUUCCAGAGGUGGCUGGGCUGGGACAAAGAGGGCUGAGAAUAGCCCAGGCAGUUCCAGGGUAGAUCAUACUCUCAACAGGGGAACUUUGCAUAUAGAUGCUGAAGAGCCCCAAGGUAGCCCAGAUCCAACCCAGCUAUGGAUCCAACUCCUCAGCCGGCACCCUCAUAGGACAAGAGGGAGGCUGCAGUCCACCCUGUGAAGUUGCUAGUAGCCAUCUACAAGACUGUCUGGGGUCACUCUAGUGGGGAUUGGUGGGCUGCUCUGUGUACUCCCAGGGGAGGGGAAUGGAACCCUCCCUUGAUCUCUCACCCCAGGACCUACAGCUUCACCUGAGAUGUCCUGUGACCCUCACCCAGUAGUGAACAGAACAGCCUCUGCCUGUCCCAGAGCCAUUUGCCAAAGGGACAGCCAUAUCCUAUAGGAAGGGGGCUAAGACUGGAUCUGUGGCCCAUGCCCUUCUCAGCACCCUGUCCCAAGCCCCUGGCCUACCCAGGUCCUGAGCCCAGCACCCUGCCCCAGAAACCCCAUCACACACACACACACACACACACACACACACACACACACACACAUCAUAUGUUAUAGUCUAUUUUGGAAUCUGUAAAUGUCCCUUGCAGUAGGAAACAGAGCUAAUUUAUCAUUGUAACUCCCAAGCUCCCCCUUUUAUAUUCUAUAUCAAGAGAAAUUUUGUAAUAUAAAACA